CUUCUCAAAUUGUUUUAGUUGCCGGUUACUUUUAGCUUUAAUAAGGUCAUGUUCGGCCAACCCAUCACGAAACGCGAUUUUAUAAUUAGAUGAAGUAACGCUAAAAUUAGAGUUUGUAGUUUUGGAACGCUUUUUGAAAAAUUAAUUUAAAAAACGGAAACGAUGAAGUGGUUCUUUCAAGCCUGGUUCUUGUCUAUGUCCUGCAUCACUACUUUCUCUCAACAAUCACCAAAUAUUAUUUUUAUAAUAGCUGAUGAUCUGGGAUGGAACGACGUGGGAUUUCAUGGAAGUAAUCAAAUUCCAACGCCUAAUAUCGACGCUUUGGCUUAUAAUGGAAUCAUUUUAAACAGCCAUUAUGUUCAAUCCUAUAGCUCUCCAACAAGGGCUGCUUUGCUUACUGGAAAAUUUCCUAUAAGAUUAGGGAUGCAGGGCCCAAGCAUAUUAGCUUCAGAGAAGAAAGCAUUGCCAGAACAAAAACUACUUCCAGAAUAUCUUAAGGAAGCGGGGUACGAGACACAUUUGGUUGGUAAAUGGCAUCUGGGCUGUAGCAAAUGGAAUGAAACACCUACCUUUAGAGGUUUUGACCACCAUUUUGGGUUUUACAAUUCAUAUACUAGCUAUUAUGAUUACCUCUCUACAUGGACGUUUAAUGAUCGUGACUAUACAGGAUUUGAUCUACGUAAAAAUGGCCAAGCAGUAUUUGAAGAAGCAGGAAGAUAUGCAACAGAUCUAUUUACUGAAUAUACCACUAAUACAAUUAAGAACUCUGAUGGAUCCAAACCAAUAUUUAUUAUGUUGGCACAUUUAGGAGUUCAUACAGCUAAUAAAGGAAAGCUUUUGGAAGCUCCACAAGAAAAUAUAAAUAAAUUAAGUCAUAUUGUAGAUGCCAAUAGACGAACUUAUGCAGCCAUGGUUUCAAAACUGGAUGAAAGUUUGGGCACAAUUAUGGAAAUAUUGGAUCAAAAGAAUAUGUUAUCAAAUACCGUUAUUGCAUUUAUCAGUGAUAAUGGAGCACCAACUAUAGGCGAAUACCCUAAUUGGGGUAGCAACUAUCCUCUUAGAGGUAUGAAAGAUACGCUCUUCGAAGGCGGUAUUCGAAGUGUCGCCUUUAUUUGGAGUCCCCUAUUAGUUCAAAGCUCAAGAGUUUCCACAGAUCUUAUGCAUGUAACUGAUUGGCUUCCAACACUGUUUAGUGCAGCUGGUGGUGAUAUUGGGAUACUUGAUCCAGAAAUGGAUGGAAUUGACCUAUGGUCAAGUUUGGUGUACGAUCUGCCUUCCCCCAGGAAUGACAUUUUAAUUAAUAUCGAUGAGAAAACGAGGAACGCUGCCCUCAGGUUUUAUAACUGGAAAUUGAUUGUCGGUACAAGUCAAAAUGGAACAUAUAAUGACUACUAUGGAAAUAUCGUAAUGGAAGACAUAGAACCCCAACAGUAUAAUACAUCAGCAGUUUACGAUAGUCGGUCUGGAAAGAUAAUACAAAGGGUUAACUAUAGUCCUUUAUCAGAAUCAGAAUACGAUGGUCUCAGAUCAGUUUCCGCAAUUAAAUGUACAGCGGCAAAAAAAAAUCCCUGUGAUCCUGCAAGUGGUGCAGUAUGCCUAUAUGACAUACCAAGCGAUCCCUGCGAAGAAAAUGAUUUAGCAAAAUUUUUUCCGAGUGUUGUCAGAAGGAUGAAGAGGGCCUUAGUCGACUACAGAAAAGGUCUAAUACCCCAGUUAGAGGGAGAUAUUGAUAUAGAAAAUGCUGAUCCAAAAUUUUUCAAAUAUACGUGGAAUCCUUGGGUUGAUUGUAAUGACUCCGCCUGUAGUAUCUCCUAAGUGCUCGUAUUAAAGUGAAUUGUGAAAUAGCUGGUAUUUUAUCUAGUAUAUCUUGGUUAUUCUUGUGAUUUAGGCUUAAAGGUUGGUUAGGAUUAUAGGUUAGAGAGUACGAGUAAAUUAUUUCCAAUUAUUAAAAAAAAUAAUAAUAAUUUAAAUUUUAAAAAGUACUUUAUUAGCUAUGCGAUUUAUGCUAUCACGAUUAGCUGAGAAAGGUUUAACCAAGUACAAAUUCGCUUGGUGUACCUGAUUAAACAUCAAUACAUUCUAAUCAUAUCCUAAGAAUAUUUUAAGAUGAUGAAAAACAUAAAAUGAACAAAUCCCUAUCCUAAUUUUUGGUCUUUACAAUAAACAUAUUUAGAAAUAAAUUAUUAAUAUAGCACCAUGGUUUAAUGAAACUUUAAUUAAUAGAAUCUGCGUAAAAUUUAUAAUAUUUAAAUAAAAGUUAGAAUUAA